AUGCUUAGACCCAAGGGACGCAAUAUUACGGCAUGCUAUGACUGUCAUCGUCAAAAGGUCAAAUGUAGUGGAGAGCAGCCGUGUCAGCGAUGCGCCGCCAGACAAAAGCCUUGUCUCUAUCCAAAGCAGGAUACAAUUAUCCCCGUUCCGGAGAGCUACCUGCAGCGCAUAGAUCGUUCUCUGAAUGAGUUGACAGAAGCCAUCCGGAACCAUUCGCUUGAUGCCGGUGGCAAAUCAGCAGAUGCAUCUCGCAGCCAGACCAAUCUGCAAUUCGAGGGGCGGCAAGCACGUCCUGUGGUUGACUCGAUGAUUGGGAACUCUACUUCUGAAGCGUUUGUCCUCAAACUGAGGGAGACGGGGAGCUUUGCUCGUCAAUCCGAGGACGCCUUUGAGGCCGGGCCGCGUUUAGAUCACUCGAGUCCUCAGACUCUACAAGGCCAUGCGAGGAUGAGAUUCGAUACCUUUCUUCCCAACAUAACAUUUCAGCUUCCCCCAUACUCUUAUGCUACGCAACUAAUGACGAGAGCAGAACAAGAGUUUGGUGACUAUCAUACCUUUCUCCGAAAAUCGUUUUGGAAGCGAUUUCAUGCGACAUACAGAGGUGACGAAUGUGAGGCUAACGACAGGAACUGGUUGUGUCGCUUGUCCCUUGUUCUGGCCCUUGCCGAAGCCAACACGACGACAAGGCGACCUAUCCAGGUCACUGCAGAUGACGGGGUCGUCGAGGCUUUCCCUACCGCCGGUGUCACAGCAUUGGAACAGGAAACAGCCCCGAUCUUGUCUGCAGGGGUUGAGCUUUUUGAGCAAGGCCUCGUGUUGCUAAAGGUGGCUUAUGAAGAACCCACUGUUGAUGACGUCGAGGCUCUCAACUUGGCUUCUCAUUGCUCCCACAUCCUCAACCGCCGCAUGUCAGCCUAUUCAUAUGCAGGGCAGAGCAUCCGAAUCGCCCAUUGCUUGGGCCUAGACCGCCCGGCGCCAGCGUCCUUAUCCAAUCUCGAACGUGAGCACAGAAAGCGGGUUUGGUGGACCGCCUUCUGCGUGGACCGCGCCAUUAGCACGGAGCUUGGCCUGCGUCCGGCCUAUGUCGGCGUGGGCGAGGAUUUAGACUAUCCGAGUUCAAGCGGGUUAACUACAGAAGAAAAGGAAGAGUUUUACGAUCCGGAUCUGCUUACGGCACAGAUCAAGUUAUGCGAGAUCAAAUGUGCCGUGGUCGACACGGUCAGCCAGUUAAAGAGUAAAGAUAUUGCUGGACCGUACCAAGUUCUGGGGCAAUGUCUGCAAAGGUUGGAUCGAUGUGGGAGAGAAAUGCCUGAAAAGGUGUUUGCUGGGUCAGACUCAACGCCGGAGCGCCGUAUAUGCGCGUCCAUCGCGCUGCGCUUUCAUCAGUGCUACAUCUUGCUUCUUCGACCUGUUCUUCUCUAUCAGUUUACGUUCCUGCUUCGGACAGAAGCCGUCACCACCCUCUCAGAUGAGCUUUGUACAGUUAACAACAUUUGUCUUCAUGCGGCGCGGAGCAAUGCUUUCAUCAUGCUCGAGAAUGCGCAGUCGGGAAACCUAGUAAACUAUGGCUAUUGGGACUCGGCGCACCUAUUCUCGUGUCUUUCCGUCCUCGCUAUCGCUGGCCCCAUGCUGAGCAAACACCCCAACGCUUUUCAAUGUAGCGAGGAUGACAUUGCACGCGAUGCAAUUACCUACCGAAAGGCUCGCAAUGUCUUGGUGUACAUGGCGCGAGCUGGGAACUUGGCUUCAAAGCGUCACCUCGGUAUGCUCGAGGAGGUGGAGAGAGAUGGAAUCGCUCUAUCAGCACAACCAAACCCGGCGCCACGUACCUGGAAUGACACGACUGCAGCUUCAGAAACGAGGAAUAUGGAGGUCGACCUGGGUUUUGAGGACUGGCCGGGACUAAUGGCCAUACCAGACUCUGCAUCUAGCGGCGUCGACCCCUUCUCAAUAUCAUAA